AUGGCAAACAUUGAAGCUGAAGACGCUCAGUUCCAGAAGGAGGUGCAGGAGGUUAAGCAGUGGUGGACAGAUUCCAGAUGGAGGUUUACAAGGAGGCCGUUUACGGCUGAGGAUAUUGUUUCCAAGCGAGGUAACUUGAAGAUCACAUACCCUAGCAACAGUCAGUCGAAGAAGCUUUGGCAGAUUGUAGAGGGACGAUUCAAGAACAAAGAUGUUAGCUUCACAUAUGGAUGUCUUGACCCGGUCAUGGUCACACAGAUGGCAAAGUACUUGGACACUGUUUAUGUUUCUGGAUGGCAAGCUUCAUCGACGGCUUCAUCUACGGAUGAGCCAGGUCCAGAUCUAGCAGACUACCCUUACACCACUGUGCCUAACAAGGUUGGCCAUUUGUUCAUGGCACAACUCUUCCACGACCGAAAGCAACGCGAGGAGCGUCUUAGCUCUGCAAAGGCCGACCGCACCAAACUUCCCAAUGUCGACUACCUGCGACCGAUCAUUGCUGAUGCGGAUACUGGACACGGAGGUCUUACAGCGAUCAUGAAGCUCACCAAGCUCUUCAUCGAGAAGGGCGCAGCUGGCAUUCACAUUGAGGAUCAAGCUCCAGGAACCAAGAAGUGUGGACACAUGGCUGGAAAGGUUUUGGUACCUAUCAGCGAGCACAUCAACCGCUUGGUAGCUAUCAGAGCUCAGGCAGACAUUAUGGGCACCGAUCUACUUGCUGUUGCACGUACCGACUCAGAAGCCGCUACCCUCAUCACUUCCACCAUUGACCCACGCGAUCACCACUACAUUCUGGGCUGCACUAACCCUGCACUCCAGCCUCUGAGCGAGCUCAUGUAUGCCGCCGAACAAGCUGGAAAGAGCGGUGCUCAACUCCAAGCCAUUGAAGACGCCUGGAUCAAGGAGGCCAACCUUAAGCUCUUCCACGAGGCUGUAAUCGACACCAUCAAUGCUGGCGUACACGUCAACAAGCAAAGUCUAAUCAACGAGUUCCUGGAGAAGAGCAAAGGCAAGAGCAAUUCCGAAGCUCGUGCCAUUGCCACUGGUAUUACCGGCGUUGAUGUAUACUUCAACUGGGAGGCAGCAAGGACGCGAGAAGGCUACUACAGGUACCAGGGUGGCUGCCAAUGUGCCAUCAACCGCGCUGUAGCAUACGCUCCCUACUGCGACAUGAUCUGGAUGGAGUCGAAGCUACCAGAUUACGCGCAAGCCAAAGAAUUUGCCGACGGCGUGCAUGCCGUAUGGCCUGAGCAAAAACUCGCAUACAACCUCUCACCAUCAUUCAACUGGAAAGCCGCCAUGCCACGUGACGAGCAAGAGACAUAUAUCCAGCGCCUCGCCAAGCUCGGCUACUGCUGGCAAUUCAUCACACUCGCUGGCCUGCACCAGAGCGCGCUCAUGGCUGAUACUUUCUCAAAGGCGUAUGCUAAGCAGGGCAUGCGUGCGUACGGUGAGAUUAUCCAAGAGCCCGAGGCGGAGAACAAGGUCGAUGUUCUUACGCAUCAGAAAUGGAGCGGUGCCAACUAUGUGGACAAUCUGCUCAAGAUGGUUAGUGGUGGAGUCAGCUCGACGGCUGCGAUGGGCAAGGGAGUCACGGAAGAUCAGUUCAAGUAG